ACUGUAUUUCUGUUCUUUUGUUACUGUUUUCCCUUUUCUUGCUCUUCAAUCCAAACCCCGAGUCGGUGAAAACAAAUGGCAGCCUCUGCAAUUGUGGCGGAACCCAAACCCUCGGCGGAGCCGCCUUUUCCCGCCACAAGAUCCGACCUUGGACAGUACCCGAUGGUGGACCCAACGGGAGCCGAGGAGGACGAUCUGUACUGCAGGUUGAAAUCCCUUCAAAGGCAGUUGGAGUUCAUAGACAUCCAAGAAGAGUAUGUGAAAGACGAACAGAAGAAUCUCAAGAGAGAGCUGUUGAGGGCUCAGGAGGAAGUCAAGCGGAUCCAGUCGGUGCCCUUGGUCAUAGGCCAGUUCAUGGAAAUGGUCGAUCAAAACAAUGGAAUCGUUGGCUCCACUACGGGAUCCAAUUAUUAUGUAAGGAUAUUGAGCACCAUCAACAGAGAGCUUCUAAAGCCGUCGGCUUCGGUGGCUCUUCACCGUCACUCCAACGCUCUAGUCGACGUUUUGCCUCCCGAGGCCGAUUCCAGUAUCUCUCUGCUUAGCCAGUCCGAGAAGCCUGAUGUUACGUACAACGAUAUUGGAGGAUGUGACAUCCAAAAGCAAGAAAUUCGUGAGGCAGUGGAGUUACCAUUGACUCAUCAUGAGCUCUACAAGCAGAUUGGGAUUGACCCUCCUCGUGGUGUUUUACUCUAUGGUCCCCCUGGCACUGGAAAAACCAUGCUUGCAAAGGCUGUUGCUAACCAUACAACUGCUGCCUUCAUUAGAGUAGUUGGAUCUGAAUUUGUUCAGAAGUAUUUGGGUGAGGGGCCACGGAUGGUUCGUGAUGUCUUCCGUCUUGCUAAAGAGAAUGCUCCAGCUAUUAUCUUUAUUGACGAGGUAGAUGCCAUUGCUACUGCUAGGUUUGAUGCUCAAACCGGUGCUGAUAGAGAAGUUCAGCGUAUCCUCAUGGAACUCCUGAAUCAGAUGGACGGGUUUGAUCAGACUGUGAAUGUUAAGGUCAUUAUGGCAACCAAUCGAGCGGACACUUUGGACCCUGCUCUUCUUCGUCCUGGAAGGCUUGACCGAAAGAUUGAGUUCCCUUUACCUGAUAGAAGGCAGAAAAGACUUGUUUUCCAGGUUUGCACUGCUAAAAUGAACCUAAGUGAUGAGGUGGACUUGGAGGAUUAUGUUUCUCGACCAGAUAAAAUUAGUGCUGCAGAGAUUGCUGCAAUCUGCCAAGAAGCUGGAAUGCAUGCAGUUCGCAAGAACCGAUAUGUCAUACUUCCCAAGGACUUUGAAAAGGGUUACAGAACAAAUGUGAAGAAGCCUGACACUGACUUUGAGUUCUACAAAUGAAGAGAUGUUGCAGUACCAGAGACACUUUCGAGUUCUGAUACGUAUUACUUGCGAACAUUUGUUUCGAUAUGGAGCAUGGUAGUGGUAGAGUGUGUAGGACUUGAGAGUAGAGCCACGCCAUAUCCUGAGUACUUUUCAAUUGGGAAAAAGAGAACGCUAUUAGUGGAGUACACUUUGGUGCAAACCACUACGGGUUGGUAGAAGUUUGUUUUCUAGAUGAUUUUACUUAAAUUUCGCUGAUGUAUAAUCAAUCCAAACUUGCUUUAAUGUAUGUGUUGUUUUAUGGACAUGAAAUCUUCACUUUUUUUUCCUA